AUGACAUUUCCGAUUCUGCUGAGGGUCGUGUUAACACACUUGGCCUUUUCAUUUCAGAAAGUACUCGCUGUCGCCAAUCUCUCUCCCUACACUAAAAUAUCAGAUAUCAAAGGUUUAUUUACAAAUAUGGGAGUUAUUAGUGUUCGACUUAUUGUGAACAACCAGGGCAAGCAUUUGGGCUAUGCCUUUGUUGAGUUUUCUUGUGCUUACGACGCAAACAAGGCUCUCAAAGAGAAGAAUGGUGAAUAUUUGCACGAUCAUAAGAUUUUUUUGAUGAGAGAACAUGAUGAAACUCCUGAUUAUGUUGAGGCAGUUGCCGUACAGAAAAAGACGAUCUUUGUCUCCCAUGUCUCUCCCCAAACUGAAAUAUCACAUAUCAUCAGUUUCUUCAAAGAUGUUGGAGAAGUUGUUCAUGUUCGACUUAUUGCAGACAACGAGGGCAGGCAUUUGGGUUAUGGCUUUGUUGAGUUUUCUUCUGAUAACGAAGCAGAGAAGGUGAGACUAAAGAACGGUGAAUAUUUGCAUGAUAGCAAGAUUGUUCUUGAAGUGGCUGAGGCUCCAUACGAUCCACCCAAGUAUUGCAUAGAUUACAAUGUUUGGUACGAAGACUACCUUAGCCAAGAAAGCCUUCUGAUGGGAGAAAACGACGAGGUAGUGAAAGGACUUGAUGAAACUCCCGAUUUUGUUGAGCCAUUUGCUGUAACAAAUAAGACGCUCUUUGUUUCCGGUCUCGCUUUCCAUACUAAUUUUUCAGAUAUUGUCAGUUUCUUCGAAGAUGUUGGAGAAGUUGUUCGUGUUCGAAUUGUUAUAGACCACAGGGGUAAUCAUGUGGGCUGUGGGUUUAUUGAGUUUGCUUCUACUGAGGAAGCAGAGGAGGCUGUUGAAAAGAAGAAUGGUGUAUCUUUGUACUACAGCCGCUACUUUAAGAUUUCUCUUCAAUUGGCAGAGAUAGCAGCUCCUUACCCUCUCCCACCCAAGUAUUCGAGAGAGAGGAAACCGCGGAUCCUUAGCCGUGAUAACACUUCUGCAGCUUCCGAGUUUAUUGGCAACACGCCGUUUCUGCGAUUAGAUAGCAAAUGCAGUAUUGAGGCUAGUUUGCUUGACAGUACCAUUUUAUGCAUAACCAUCAUAAAUUUCGUCCUUUAUCAAUGA